GUCAACCAUUCCUACGGAACACAACAGAGACUCCACCACGUUUCGCCACCGUAGCGCCUCCAUCACCAACCAAACUGAAAAGGACAAGAUGGACACAGUCAACAUACCCGCUGACAACGUGCCAGCGGAGAUGAAGGCGUGCGAGCAGAUUUUAAAACGGGCGAAGGAGUUGCGGAGAGCGGAUCCAGCCAUCAGUUAUUGGUGUUGCUUCUCGGCCGCUCAGAAAGCUCUCAGCCUGCAGAAUCGCUCUGCAGAGGGAACAAAAUUCGCGAUGUCUCUUUUGGAUGCGUUAGAGGCGAUGAAGAAGAUCCUCAGCAACCACGAGGCUGUCACCAACGAGGCAGCUGGGGCCGCUUAUGUCGAGAACUUUGCUUUGAAAGUCUUCAUGUCGGCGGACAAUGAUGAUCGGAAUGGGAUCACAGGCAAGGGCACCAUACGGAAGUUUGUCGUUGCUGGGCAGUUCAUUGAGGUGCUGCGGUGUUUCGAGAAUGGCAUGACUGAGGAGAUGGAGCAAAAGCUUCAAUAUGCCAGAUGGAAAGCCGCAGACGGUGCCAAAGCCCUUCGAGAGGGACGUACACCCAUGUCUGGUCCUCCUAUUCCUGACGAACCCGAGCUCCCUAUGUUGCCCAGCUUUCCUUCUGAGUCACCAGGCACAGUCUCCACCCAGCUCUCUCCUCUAGCAGAUCGAACUUUCACAACCACUCGCUCUCCCCUCCCUCCCAACAACGCAAAUUCAACCCUCUCU